AUGGAACUUUUAUCAGGUGCGAUCAUACAAGAUGGAGUUUGUGGUCCAUGUGAAGAUCAAGAACCCUAUUCAUUCUAUGUUUCCGUAUUGGUUCCAAAAGGAUUGUCAGAAUAUAAGAAUUCAAGAGGACCAUAUAAAGCUUAUUUAGGGUCUAAAACAUCUGAAGCAACAAGUGUCCUGAGACCUUGGGAAAGAGAAACUAAAAUCCCAUUAAUUAAAAGAGCUGCCAAAUUGCGAGCCGCUAUCGGAUGGUCAGAAGAUACAUCAAUAUUCCCACUUAGCAUUCAGAAUAAGGUAUUUCCUAAAAGUUUUAUUAAUGGAAUAAUAGAAGGUCUCAUCAGGGCUGCAGCAAUUCAUUGUGCAUCUAGGAGGUCUAUAGUAAAUUUGUCACGUCCUCGAGAAGCACUAUUAGGAACGGCUCUUUAUCUGAUCAAUCAAGUAAAUGAUACUGCUAGCCUAGUGACAAUGUGGAGAGCUGAGAACUUCCACAACUUAUUCCUCACAGUCCCUACUAAGAUCCCUCCUUCUUACCCACUCUCAAAUAAAGAUCUCGGCUCGUUGGGGAGAUCCUACAUGAGGAGUGUUUAUAUCCACUAUUAUGUAGAUUCUCCCUCUAGAGGACUAUUCAUUUAUCAAGAUAUAUGGAUAUUUGCAGAUAUAAACGAUGUUAAAACAUUUGGAAUGCUAGCAAUAUCAACUAAAUUGACACAGGUUCUGUAUUCCAAUCAGAUUCGCAAGCACACCAAAGACAUUAUAAGAGGAAGUAAAGAUCUGAUCAUUAAUCUGAGGGAUCCAGAAAGAACUCAUCACAACAUCAAUAUUGAUUUGUCAAGGCUUAAAAGAGUCAAUGAGGAGGUCAGACACGCAAGUAGAAGUAUAGUUAAAUCUAGGAAUCUAGACAGAGAAAGAAAUCUUCCAUGGGGGAGUGAGCUUGCAGUACCUAUUAAAGAAAUCCAGGUACCUUAUGUAGCAGUGGGUUCAAAAGAGCGUCAAGAUCUCUCAAAAGUGAAAAUUCCAAGGAUACAGAAUCCCCUUAUAUCUGGAUUAAGAUGUUUUCAGUUUGCAACAGGAAGUCAUUACAAAAUUCAAUCUAUUCUGAAGAAUCUAAAUAUUAAGUACAAGGAUUGUCUAGCAGGUGGUGACGGCUCCGGAGGGAUAGGAUCCUUGUUGCUGAGGAGUUCAAGAAAUUCAAGAUUGAUAUUCAAUAGUUUGUUAGACCUAGAUGGAGUAGAUUUAAGGGGCUCCACUCCAUCUCCUCCUUCCGCAAUUUCUGCUUUGGGAUCCGCAUCAAGAAGAUGUGUAAACUUUAAUGAUUCCUGGAGAAAUCCUAGUGAUUUAAGGAAUAAAGAAACUUGGGAGUAUUUCUUAAAUGUGAAACAUCAGAAUCAAAUGAGAAUUGACUUAAUAACUUUGGAUAUGGAGUGCAAUUCCGAUGAAAUAUCAGAUUCUAUAGAACUCCAAUUAUCAGAAUAUAUAUUCAAAAUUCUGGAUGAUCAUGGAACUUUGAUUUAUAAGACCUUUUUAGAGAGAUUAUGCAAGCAAAGCAUAUUAUUAAGUGCCGUAGGUAAUCAAUUCAAAAAUGUCAGCUUUGUUGUGACAGAUAUUACAUCUCCACAGAGUUCAGAGAUUUAUGUUGUAAUGAGGGGGAAGAAUAAUAGUACAAUACCUAAAGAACCGGAUCUAGAAACAUUCAGUAAAGAUUUGAAUGAUCUUCCAGUUAUGAGAGGGAUAGAUAAAGAAUUCGGUAGAGCUGUUUCGCUAUUGUAUAAGAACAUCUGUGUGUAUUAUCUCUAA